AUUUACAACUUAAUUAGUUUCACUAUUAUGUGGCGGGCGUCACAAUGAGUAUCGAGGUGACUUUGCCACUGAAUACGUAUAAGUUACACGGACGUCUACGUUUCAAUUAAAUACACCAUCACUGAGGUUUGGACCAUUCAUUCUCAUAGGCGCUGGUACUAAAAGAACUGUGCAUCUGUGGUUUGGAGGAGUAUACCAGCGAAUACCUCCGUGAAAUUUCCUGGUUUUCUUUUUGCAACACGUUUUUGUGGAACAAAUUUUCAAGCAUUGGUUAUAUUGUCACUGUCUUCCAAUGAAGGAGUUUGCUGGUGUGUUGUUGGUGGUGGUCCUGUUGUUCUCGGACAAUGUCCGGACCGCCUCGUGCCAGGCCGACAUGAUCGGGGUGAUCAUUCAAGACUCUGGCAUGUCCAACACGGUCAAGGACAUGGCUAUGUCUUCCAUGAAUAUGGUCAAGGAACAGGAUAUGAUGUUCCUGAGAGCAGGUGUUGACACAAAGGACACGACGUCUACGAGAGCAAUGAAGGCGAUGUUCACAGUGACCAAGAAGAAGGCCAUGGAGAUGGGAGAGGAAGAGAGAGCGAAGAAUAUGCUCAUAAAAGAGCUUGCAGGACUCCUGAAUGUCCCGAAGACUCGGAUGGCAAGUGCUGUCAACACCUUGUUGGGGACGCUAGGUGUGGAGGUACAGGGUUUGGGGACCAGGGACGACAACUGUGACCAGUUCCUCAACACCAGGUGUGACAGCUCCUCCAGAUACCGGACUGAGGACGGCAGCUGCAACAACCUGCGGAAACCACUGUGGGGCAGGGCCUUCAUCCCGAUGCGGAGGUUCCAGGACCCAGAAUAUGAUGACGGCGUGUCAGACCCCAGGACCACAGGUCAGAAUGGGCGGAAGCUCCCCGGGGCCCGCAAGGUCAGCCUGGCGGUUCAUGAGUCAGACAACAAGGUGUCCGCCGCCGGAGCGACGGCGCACAUGCUGAUGCAGUGGGGGCAGUUCCUUGACCACGACAUUACCAGCACCCCUAUACAGUCAGGUGCCGAGGGAUCGAACGUAGGGUGCUGCAUGGAUGACGUCAGCGCUGCCAGCAAGUCCAGGAUCAACAUGACCCCAGAGGAGAGAGAUAUUUGUUUUCCCAUAAAAAUCGAAACGAGCGACCCGAAAUUUCGUCCAAGAAGAUGCAUGAACUUUGUGAGGUCAAUCCAGAUAUCUAACACGGACUGUAUGGUAGCUCCGGUGGAACAGAUGAACCAAAUCACGGCCUUCAUCGACGGCUCAAUGGUCUACGGGUCAUCUGAUGGCGAGACCCGGGACUUGAGGGCGUUCAGCGGAGGUCUUCUCAAAACAUCUCGUAACAAUUUGCUUCCCGAGGACUCGGAGCCAUCGUGCCUGAAGAUAAAGCGAUCAGACUUUUGUUUCAAAGCGGGUGACAGUCGGGUGAACGAGCAGAUGGGUCUGGCUACCCUUCACACAUUGUGGAUGAGGGAGCACAACCGCAUGGCCCGGGAGCUCAGCCGUCUAAACCCACCCUGGGACGACGAGAAAUUGUUUCAGGAAACCAGGAAGAUCGUGGGCGCCAAAAUUCAACACAUUACAUACAAUGAGUUUCUGCAGAUUGUCCUGAAUGAUGACAUAAGGAGACAGUUUAGCCUGAUGUCAAGACGCCAAGGUUUACAAGACCAGUAUGAUCCCAGCGUCGAUCCAAGCAUCAGGAACGCGUUUGCAACAGCAGCCUUCAGAUUUGGACACUCGCUGGUACGGACGAUGUUCUCUCAGUAUGGCCGGAACUACCGCAAAGAGGAAGACCUGAAACUGAAAUGGAGUUUUGGCAACACUUCUCAUCUCAUCAUGGACAAUGGUAACGGCGUUGAAAGAUACGUUCGUGGCCUCGUCAGCGACGCCACGAGUGACGCUGAUAGAUUUAUAAGCCCCCAAGUAACUCAACACCUUUUUGAAGAUGGGGAAGGUCACAGCCUUGACCUUGCUGCUCUCAACAUCCAGAGAGGUCGAGACCACGGGUUGCCUGGUUACAACCAAUGGCGGAGGUGGUGUGGUCUUCCAACCGCUAGCAAAUUCAGCAGUGGUCAAGGAGGGCUUGUUGACCACCCAUCCCAUGCAGUCAAAAAGCUGAGGAGGGUUUAUGACCACCCUAACGACAUUGACUUGUUUGCUGGCGGUAUGUCCGAGAAAAGGAUCAGGGGUGGCCUUAUUGGUCCCACCUUCGCCUGUAUUCUGGCUAACCAGUUUAAGGCGCUGAAGGUCGGGGACAGGUUCUGGUACGAGAGGGAGGACAGCACUACUGGAUUCACCACAGCCCAGGUGAAUGUCAUCAAAGAGACCACCCUAGCAAAGGUUCUGUGUGAUAACACAGACAUCCGCACCAUGCAACCCGCCGCUCUCAGAGUGGUCAGGAACCAAAACCAACGGCAGAGUUGUCAAGAAUUAACUCAGACUCCAUUAAAUCCGUGGUCCGAUGAUCCAGCAGCUAGGGAAUUGAAUGGAGGUAGUGGAAACAACGGAAAUGGCAACAACGGCAAUAAUGGAAAUGGCAAUAAUGGCAAUAACGGUAAUGGCAAUAAUGGCAACAAUGGCAAAAACGGCAAUAACGGAAAUGGCAACAACGGCAACAACGGUAAUGGCAAUAAUGGCAACAAUGGCAAUAACGGAAAUGGCAAUAAUGGCAACAACGGCAAUAACGGAAAUGGAAACGGAAAUAGAAGAGGAUGGGGUGACUGGGGUCAGUGGAGCAACUGUAACGGUAUAAUCAGCACAAGGUCAAGAUCAUGUCUUCCCGGCUCCGUAUGUCUGGGACAUGGCUCUCAGAGGAAGCCCUGCGGGGACACCAGAAGUAACUGGUCAAGUUGGGGACAGUGGUCAUCCUGUGCCAACGGGAUGCAGGCGAGGAGAAGGAGUUGUACUGGAGGGUUCCUCUUGUGUUCAGGGCGGGACAGUGAGGCGAAGCGGUGCACGGCUGCCCGUGACUCUGGGUGGGGGGCUUGGGGGAGGUGGGGGACAUGUACCAGUGGUAAGAGAUGGAGGAAGAGGGUUUGUCCAUCCUCUGGAAGUUAUGGACAACCCAGCUGCGUUGGGCCAAGUUCAGAAUCUAAAAACUGUGGAACAAGGAAAACAGACUGUUCGAAAAGCAUUUAUAGACUUAUUUCUACUUUCUACUGUAACUGAAACAAAAUGAAGCCACGUUUUCUUGAUACAUAAUACUCGUCCAAGCCAUUUUUGCUAUUUUUAUAAAGAAAUGUAGUAAAGCUUGAAAUAAAAUUGACCACGCCGGAUUAGAAGGGUA